AUGCACAAAGAUCUUUGGCUAAAGGAGUUUAAAAAGGAAGAAUCAGUGGGUGUUGCGAUCGAUGCCGGAAAACUCGGUAAAAGAUCAUAUCUUACGAGUUCAAUCAUGUGCGCAACAUCUCAGCUCAAGCCAAUGCCAUUAGAGACAUUCCCGAAUUUUACAGGUACUAAAGUGGCGUAUGAACAUGCGCUUUCACACAUCACAGAUUUUCUCAUAAGAUUUUACCAGAUUGAUGUUGCUGGUUUCGUAGCAGACAAUCUCAGAGUCCAAUGGUCUGCACUUGCAUCAGUCCUUGAAAAUGCACCAGAACAUCUUGCCAUUCCAUGUGGAUGUCAUACAUUUCACCUUUGUCUUAAUGAUGCAAGAAAACUCUGUCCAAAAUUCGACAAAUUUUGCCAAAAUGUCGAAUUGUUUUCAAAAAUCUUCUCGAGCAAGCCUGUUGCAUCACGACUUGGAGGUGGAUGCCCAACAGUUUGUUUAACUCGUUGGACAAAUUUGUAUGACAUUGCAUCUUGGAUAGUCUUCCAUGUCGAAUCAAUCGUCGAUUUCCUUGUUUCUGCAGAUGUUCGUGAAGUUCCAGAAAUUCACGAACACAUUGAAGGAAUCGUGAAAGUGCUUUUUGUUUACGCUCCUUCUCUCGUAUCCUUCUUAACAGCCUUCAAGCUUCUUUCACAGAAACUCGAAAGCGAUAAUAUUACGAUCGCUCAAGUAUUCCCAUAUACACUUUCCGCCUUAAUAUCGACACAGGAAGUAAUGCAUCAAGAUUUGCAGCCGUUCUAUGAUAUCCUCAAAACUCAGAUGGAUCAGAGGAUGUAUUAA